GUUGUACCCUUAAAUUUAAGACCGUGUCCAUGAAAAACCGGAUAGUCAAAAAAAUUUCCAGGAUUCUUAUGAUCGACUUUUUUAACUAUCAGAGAUUAAAAUCAGUUACAUUGCUAAUCUUCACGCGCUUGGAUCUAAUUAUGCGCUCCAAUGUAGUGUGUGUGAGGUUAUCGGUUCUCUAGUGAUGUCGACCUAUGUAGACAUCUCUACUGUGUUCAAUUUCGACCACAGAGGUCAAUAUGUUGAAAUUUCCCCCGAUAGAACGAAAGCUCGUCGUCAAAUAGGUUUUUGUGAUGGGGUAGUUAUUUCUCAAAGCUUCAUCCGACCAGGCGAAGUGGUAGCUGUCGAAAUUACAGAAACACAGCGAGGUUGGACUGGGGAUUUGAGAGUCGGAUUCACUUUACUACCGGAUAACUUGCUCUUGCCUCUUCCCAGGUUUGCCCUACCUGCUUUGGUUUCUCCAGGUAGAAGUUGGAUUGUACCGGUUGGAACUGCUGUGGCCCUUCUCUUGUCGCAUCAUCAUCAAACUUACUGGAAACGACAGCAAUUAAAAUCUGGUCGUCAUUUGAGUAAAACCAAUAACAAUCCACCCACGUCGUUUGAUUCUGUCAAUAUGUUUUGCGAAAGACAAGUAGAUGUGCCCAGUAUGAACUCAGUCAGUGGUUUUAUCAAUAGUCCAAAUGUUCUGGUAACUAAUUCUCAUAUAGAUAAACAACCUACACAUCUACAAGUUACUCCUCCCUUCUUUUGUGUCUGUUGUCUCCAUACAAAGCGUGGUCGAGUACCACUGAGCCAACUAGUACCAAAUGAGCUAGAACUUGCGCGACCUCCUGAUGUCGAAAAAGGUAGUGUUAUAGCCAUCUACUAUGAACUGGAGCCACUACCUACAGAUGAUUCAUAUGAACAAUGUACAAGUCUUCCGAUAGAUGGAACUAUGAACAUACUUAAUGAUAUUAGCAAUAUUCCGUCUAUAAUACCAGAUGAGAAUGUACAGAACCUUUUGAGGUAUACUUUAAACUCUACCGAAAGUGAAGAGGAUUCAGAUACGGAAAAACUGCUUUUUCUUUUUCGGUUUCAUAUUGUUAUUAAUGGCAUCGACAUGAUUGCAAUAGCAGUAAGUCAUACUUCAUUAAAACGUAUUUGGACCUUUAACUUAAUCCCUCGAAAAAUGUUUUGUGGUAACUACACUUCAUAAUCUGCGUUUCUUACCUGUCGAUCUUAAUAAGAUAUUUCGGAAAUGGUCUUCUUAACGUUAUAGCAGUGGCAUUUUACAUUUUAGCCAAAACGUCUGAGGUUCGAAUCCUGCUUCACCUUCUGUUGGACCAACUCGGUAGUAUCAGUGCCAUUCAUACCCAAGUACUUGGAGAAUAAGUUCACUGAUUGUUUUUCUCAAUAACUAGUUUGCGAGUUGGUAGGGGAGUAUUGAUUUUAUUGACUGCUCCACUCAUUUGACCAUUUGCAUCCAAUAUGAUCAAAUAUAUUAAAAGUUUUCGUUAGAUUUGCUUACGUGUACUGCUGCAUAAUAUCGCCACAACGAGAAGAAAAACUAGAAAACUUAAAAGCAUGGAGGCGGAAAUAAUAAAUAUGAGAUAUAUUUCAAAAAAAGAUGAAAAAUGAGUAUAUCCGCAUGACUGUUACCAAUUUGGAGCCAUUUCACUUGAGGUGUCCAAUCAUAAGUAAUCGAGCCUCAAAUUCCAACUACGUGGAAAUCAAACGGCAAGACCAUUGUUCAAACGAUAGAAUUAUCAUUAAUUAAAUACCGAUUUUGCUUAUAUUAGGAAGAUUAAAUUUAGAAAAGACUACUACGAAUCGCUAAUUUGAUAGUAAAUAGGUUAAUAAAGUGUACGUACAUUAAGGCUGUCAAAAGUCCAGUAUAACUAGAUUCUUAAUGCUCGUUGUAGAAACUAAUUUAUCUGCUCAAUCGUGAAGUCUAGCAGGAGAUCAUAACCUCUGUGUAAUUUUUCGCUACAGGAAACAGUGGCUAUUUCACCAUCUGAUUUUGAAAAGAAUCUAAUCAGUGUGGACUCCUCAUUUUCACCUGUCAAUGGAGAUGCAAGCAGUAUCAAUUAUAGUGUGACUAACAGUACUAGUGAAACUCCUGAAUCAUUGCCAACUUCUGAUCUUCAUUCUUCCGAUAGUAUCCCUUCUUCCACACCGCGUAUGCGGGCUGUUUUUGAUGUUUAUGGCCAAACUAAAGCAAUUCAAUUGCGGUCGUUACAACAGGUAUGUUUUUUGCUGUGUGGGAACUAACUUUUAAAUUCGCUUAAUUAGUAGAAUAAAAAGGUGAAACAUAGCUAUACAAUCUGUGAUUUUUUAAAAAUAGACUUUGUACAUUUUACUUCAGUAUUAUAGUAUAAAUUAUUUCAGAAAUUUGAUCCCAGGUAUAGAAGUUAAGAAAGGUGAGUUUAAAAUUUUCUGUUAUUUUUAGUCAUCAAUAAUUGUAGGUUACUAAGCCCGUAAAUAAGUGUAUCAGACAAUAAAUAUCAGGUGUAACAGUUAUAUUUCCUGUAUUAGUUGUCUAUUUUCCAGUCUACGAAGUACUUGCAAGAAACCAAUUCUAAAAUUAAUCACUAUUGGUAACUUCAUUCUUUGUAAACUCACCUCUAUUUCAGACUACGAUUGUGUCACAGGCUAUAAGUCGUUACACUUUCACUUUAUAUUUUUCCAUAGGAAGGAUUUUUAGUAUUAAGAAAAGUCUUCAGAUUCUACAUAGAGAGAGUGGCGUCGUAAUGUUUGAUGCUUCCGAGUUACUUACCAUAUCUUCGUCAUAUACUGUUGGAAGGGAUGGUAUGUCAUAAGUUAAAUUAACAGUAUUAUAUGGGAAACUAGGUCCUCUAAUCUUCAUUUAAUGUAAACUCUAUUUUAUAUGGGAGUCAUGAACUGAAUUCUUAUGUUUUCAGGUUUUAAAAUUCAUGUUUGGUCUAUUGCUUGAUAUGAAUGCCCAUAUUUCAAGUUGCGAAACGUACCGUUGAAUAUUCAAUGUCGAACUAGGUCUUCUUAAUAAUCAUAUCUUAUACAGUUAUAUUUUAACGAAACGAUGUGGAGUAAUGUUGAUGGAUCCCAUUUAAGAGUUUCUCGCACGUACAAUCUGUUAGUCGCGACGUAGAACUCGGUACGUAUGUACAUCGGCUCAAAUCGCCAUACUCCAUUAGCACAGAGAUGAAAUUGUCAGGCCGAAUUCCAGUAUAGUGGAGGUAGUAAAUGUAUCAGUGGUGAUAAAAAAGAUUAGGCAUCAAAUAUACAAUUCAAGAAAAUAUAAACUAGUGGAACAGAAGAAAUAUUCUAAGGAAUUUAGGAUCUCAGAACUUGGGGGAUGACAAAGAAUGGGUUCAUUUGCGUCAUUUCAAAUGAUUUUAAAGUAGAUUAUUUCAAGCAGACUUUAAAUAAUAAGUUUUAAAUUCUGGUUUUCUUCUUUCUGUACACGUUGUUAAUAAAAUUGAUAGUUUUUAUUCUUAUCAGUAUAAUAGAUUCCUCAUUUUUUGUAUGAUUAUUUUAUAUUAACUUUACAGAAUUCAAUUGCACAAUUAAGCCGUUUAUGCUCGUGUGUUAUUCUACAUCAUAUAUUUUAUAUAUUUCAUUCCAAUCGUUUUCUAAACACUGAAACAUCUAAUUUUGAUUCAGAUAAUUCAUUUAAUAUAUGCUCCAAAUCUAGUAGAAUGCGUAAUUCACCACAAAUGAUUGUUCCAAAUAUGAUGAAAAAUAAUAGAUUUCGGAAAUUAUUUAUUAUGUUAGAUAAACUUCCACUACCUAGAGUUGAGCGACGUCGUUUACAACGUGAUGCUUUUGCUGUAUUAGCUCGAGGAAUUGCUGAUUAACUACGCAUUGUACCCAAGAAGUAUUUGUCUUAUAUUGUGUAUAUUACAGAAAAGAAAAAAAAAGUCACCAAGUGUCUUUCACCAUUAUUAUUUACUUGUCUUAGAUCCGAUCUCCAGUUUUAGCUAUUAUUUUGUAGUGCGCGUUUGUGCUCAUUAGAGGGAGUAAAGCUGUUCCAUGGCGAAGGUGAACAAUAAAAGAGAUUCCAUACAGACUAUUCAAUCUACAUUUCAUUAUAUUUUAAUGUGUUGUUUAUUGCUUCAUUUAUUUAUUUACUUAUUGAAAUCAGAUUUGAAAGGACAUUACCCAUUCGCUUAGUGUUUUAUUUUGCUUGUACACAUUUUUAUUUACUUCGUAUUGUAUACAGAAUAAUUCUGAGUGGUUAAUGGAAACUGUUGAAAAUUCCAAUUUCAAUAUAAAAACUUUUGAAAAAUAGUGUGAUUUUGUUAUCUAGUGUGCUUGUGUAUGCCUGUAUUACUAUAUCUAUUAAACUGAUCAAAUUACAUUUGCAAAUAUUACUCAUCAGUGAUUGAUAUUGAUCUAAACAAGUUAUUUUUCUAAAUAAGAAGUUAUACAAAUUGUGUUAUAGAAGUAAUACACAUAUUAGUGAAGUCUAAUCUUAUUCUUUUUAUUUCUGUAUUUCACAAGUUGACUAAUAUUAAAAUGUCAACAAAUCAAUUUGGCAUGC